UAUUUUAUUUUAUUAAAAUACACGUGCCGCUCCCGUCUGCUCCAAAGGCACUGUCUCUUCUUCCACAGCUACUGUGCCAGCCUUCCACCACCGCGCGAGCGUCCCACCGUGCCACCACGCCGGCUUCCUACCGUGAAACCACCACCACUCCUCACCGCCUCACUACCUCCUAUCAUACAAUCAACUCCUACCGCGCCGCCACCUUCGACCUCGCCAUCACCUCCACAGCGACACCAAAUCCCACCGCGCCAAGCGUCGACUACAGCGCUAGAUUAAUUUUCGAUAAGAAACGGUCAUAUCUCCGCCGCCAUUGCCUUUGAACAUUCGUCUGUGAGCAUUGACAAUAAUGGAAUCGAUAGUGAAAAAAUUUCGGUCAAAAUUCAUCAAAGUUAGGGAAGAGAUAAAUAGAUGGGACGAACUUCAAUCUUGCUUAAUUUCACAGUUUAGGAACGCUUCCCAUAUUGUCGAUAGGUUACAGUUGCUUCAAAAUUCCAACAAUCAUGGUGUUCUAAAUUGUGUCAGUGGCAUGAGAGGUGCUCUUUUGGAGAAGCAAAUUGAAUCGCUCAGCAACAUUUUGGUUUCCAUGAGAAAGACUUUGGAAGAGUUUCGUUGUAUUGCCUUAUCUCUUGACAAAAUUCACCGAGACAGUAGACAACUAGUGAAUGGCGGUUCUUCUCAACUGAAUAAGAAACAAUUGCAGCAACAAGUUGGCAUGAAACCUAGUGUUAUUUAUUGCCUUGAUAGCCUGAUGUUAAUACAUGAGAUAUACAACUCUGAGUAUUUAUUAAAAUCAUCAGUGAUCUCUGCCCUAUCCGAAAUGGCUUUAAAACCCAGUGUCAGUGAUCUCGUUGCACUUCAGCAACUCUUGGUUGAUCAACCCAAUAUCCAAACUGAGGAAGUUCAAUUUGUAUUUGAUAUGAUAUUUGCCGAAGAACUGAGUUGAAGAACCUCUCUACUAUGGAUGUUGACUAUGAACCGGGUUAUGCCUGAGCUUUUUAUAUUUUAUCUUCAUUUAAAUAUUUUUUGACAGUCAUAUUUUACUUCCCAAUAUAAACUAAUACACCAUUAGGAUUUGGGUUAAAUAUCGCUUCCAAAUAUAAGGAAGCAAAAGGAAACAGUCUUUUUGGGGAUUAAAAGAAAGUGCUUGUAUAUUUAGAUUGACUAAAAAUAUAUAUAAUCCUGAAAUUCUUCUGGGGAUUAAAAGAAAGUGCUUGUAUAUUUAGAUUGACUAAAAAUAUAUAUAAUCCUGAAAUUCUUAUAUUGGAUUAGGGUUUCUUUAAGAAUAUCUUUAGAUGUAUAUGUUAUUCAAACAUUGACAUUCAUAAUAAAAUUUUUGGUUUCGCAUUGC